AUGUCCAUUACAGAAACCAAACUGCAACUGGGAGAGUCAAUAGAACUGUAUGAGCAACUUAACUCAGCUAUUGACGGUGAAAUAGGGUUGAGAGAAUUUUCUCAAGAUCAAUGGCGAGAUCAUUUACAGAAACUGGGAUUAGAAACAGCGAAGCUGAUCCGGUUAACACAACAAUUAGACCAGCAUCGCAUACAAGUGAUCAAGCGCAAACAGAAGAAACUAGCACGCCAUCGUGAAUGGCGAAAGAGGCAUAAUGAACGCAUGCGUCGUCAGAAACAAGAAACAUUGAGAAAGAACGAACAGUGGAAGAAAGAUAUUGUUUGGAAAGUUACAAGUACACCAUCCGUCAUAGCUCAAAAUCUAUCGCAACAACAACAACAACAGACCAAGAACUUGAAAUCUUCCAACAAGGAGGAUGCGAAAGGAAAGAUCAAGCAUUUGUCGAAAGUGCUUUCAAAAUUGACAAAGUUACUAUCUUUACGGAGAAAACGGCUGGAAGCACAGGGUCAUUUCUUUGCUGACGAAGGUAGCCAGUUUUAUAACCAAGUGAAAGAAUGGCAUGAAAGGGAAAAAGCUGAGCAGCAACACCGGCAAACUCACCAAACAUGCGUGGAGGAUGAAAGGGAGAGAAAUACCGAUGUCAAUGUUCAAGAAAAGACAGAAAAGAAAUUAUAUAUACACCCGGAAGACAAAUGGAAUUCAAUGCCUAUAGACGAAAAUGCUUACAAAUAUUGGUGUGAAGCAGAACAAUCUUUGAGUAGUUUAAUCGUAACUCGUAAAAUGUGGGAUCAAUAUAUUUUGUCUGAUAUAGGGGAAGCAAAUGUAUAUGAAGACAGGCUACGUAAAGUGCCUCCUACAUUUGUGAAUCCAUCGGCGCCUGCAAAUUGGAUAUGGGCAAGCUAUCUACAGUUUUAA